UCACCAUCCCUAAGAAGAAGAAAGUUGUUAGCAAGGCUAGUUUAGUCAGUAAGCAGGAGUUGCAAGAGAGUAAAGAGGGUUUAGAAGGUGGAGGAAGAAGGAUGGAGAUUUUGGGAGGGAAAGGCAAAGGUUUAGGAGAUCGGGAUUUAGGCGAGAGUAGGGGUAUAGGAGGAAGAACUGUUUGAGGUGUUUUGGGAUUUUAAGAUGAUUUUUUGAAAAAAAAUUCAGUCUAGAAGAAGCUAUGAGCUAUAUUUACCUUAUCUCCUGCUUAUCCAAUCUUUUACUCUCUUCUAAUCUUCCUUCUAGCCAACCAAUCUAACUGCUCAACACACACAAAAUCUUCAACAACUCAGUCAUCAAAGCCUAUAUGAAAGAACAAAUUCGUGAAAGAAUUUUCUUUGAAGAAAUAAUCACAGAAGAAAAUAUACACAAUCCGUAUUAGAGGAAAGAUUUGGGUUGCCUGAAUGUGUGAAUGGGAGAAUUACAAGUAGUCUCAAAGAGCAAUCAGGUAUGCUAAAUUUUAUGCAUAACAAAGAAGCCUGAUGAGGAGACAAUGUUUUUAAUAAAAAAUUACUGCUAGGAGGGUAUAAGAUAAAAUAAUGAGUUUUAAUAUCCCCAAGAGUGCAACAUAAGUUUAUCAAAACUUAUUAAAAGAAUACAAAAUUUCUAAAGUUGUCAUAAAGUAUAUAGACCACAGAAAGCAUCCAUGGACUCUUGGUAACUUCAGACAACAUCGUAAGCCAAUCUCGUCAGGAUAUGAUGCCAGAAGAGAUGACGCUGUCUUCACUAACAUGGCUCUUAAGAGUAUCAUGACGAUUGGGACAGCUCAGAAGUCUAUUAUCAAUACCUCAACCUUCAAAAUUCCUGAGAGUCAGCCUAAGUGGUAAUCUUUUAGGGAAUAAGAAUUUAAGAUAUGAAAUAUAAGAAAAUGAAAGUCAUCAUUUCCAGUAAAAAGAGCAAGAUACGCAAGUACAUUAAAAGAAAAUGCUGCUCUCUGAUGCCCCUGAACUGAGCUAAGAAGCAUCAAGUGUCGAGGAUGUAAUAACAAUGGCCACAGAUGUGUUCAAAAUAAGAGGUCACCAAAAAGAAGUUCCAAUAAGGCUCUAACCAAGAUAAACAGCCUCCAAUGACUCCCAAACGCUAAAAACCACUUCUCAAAGUUCAACAAAAUGAUGAAAAAUCGGCUUAAACUCAAAUUUUCCAAUAUCCUACGCUUAAAAAGAAGGAAUCCUCACUUGGCAUAAUAACCACUGUUAAUAAUCCAUAAAUCUGCACAUUUGGAGAAAUAGGA